AUGCGUUCAAAUCUAAAUUCAUCCUCCCCAAAUCAUGAGUCCAUACUCACCCAUCAACAAACCAACACCCUCAGCCGCUCCGAAACUCGCCAAACCCUCACCUCCCUAGGCGUAACCGAAACAAUCCCACCCCUCGAUUUCAACUACCCAGAUGUUGGCCGCGAAGACGACCCCGUCUUCCCAGAAGAAUACACCCUCGAAACAGCAACCGGCUUCGUCCCCGAAGAAGCACUCGAGCAAAUCCGCUCAAGAGCUACCACUGUCCGGUCAAGAACACAUCCCCAUGCACAACGACAGAAAUUCUCCGCAGGGAGCGGAAAUCCAAGCGAGACUUCACGUAGCGAGGGUGAUUUAGAGAAAGGAAGAGAACAACAUGAGUUCGUAACAUUUACUUUCGCGGAUCCGGAGAAUCCCCAAAACUGGUCGAAUACAUAUCGCUGGUACGUGACCAUCGUAGUCUCCCUACUCGUCGUCUGCGUCGCGUACGGUUCUGCCAUCGUAACUGGUGGGCUGGGCUUAAUCGAGGAGAAAUACGACGUCUCGCUUGAAGUCGCGAUCCUCACUUGCUCGAUCAUGGUCUGUGGAUUCGCUGUUGGUCCCCUCCUCUGGUCGCCUCUAUCCGAGAUCAUCGGUCGACGCCCAGUGUAUAUCAUCUCGCUCUCCCUAUACACAAUCUUCAACAUCCCCUGCGCACUCUCACCCAACAUCGGCGGCCUCCUCGUCUGCAGAUUCCUCUGCGGUGUAUUCUCCAGCUCGGGUCUCUCGCUAGCAGGAGGGACAAUAGCAGAUAUUUGGAACAUCGAGGAGCGCGGGACGGCAAUUGCAUAUUUCGCCGCCGCGCCAUAUUGCGGUCCUGUCCUAGGUCCUAUAGUCUGCGGAUGGAUCAAUGUCGGCACCGGCCGGCUCGACCUCUUCUUCUGGGUUAACAUGGCCUUCGCAGGAGUAAUCCUUGUCAUCGUCAGUCUCAUCCCCGAGACCUACGCGCCCGUGAUCCUCAAGCGCCGCGCAGCCAAACUGCGAGUCUCAAUGAAUAACCCAAACAUCAUCACCGAGCAAGAAAAAGUCAAACUCACCCUCCGAGAAAUCGUCCGCACCAGUUUAAUCCGCCCUAUAACCAUGAUCCUCACUGAACCAGUCCUCGAUCUGAUGUGCAUGUACAUAGUGCUCAUCUACGCCAUGCUGUACGCUUUCUUCUUCGCAUACCCAGUCAUCUUCACCAAACUGUACCACUACAACGACGGCCAGGUCGGUCUCAUGUUCAUCCCGAUCUUAAUCGGCGCCGGUUUCGCUCUUAUAGCCACGCCUUUCAUAGAGAAGAACUUCCGCUCCAUCUGCCACACGCGCGCUCCUACGCCUGAAGACCGCCUCAUUGGGGCGCUGAUCGGCUCGCCGUUCAUCCCUAUCUCACUGUUCAUUCUAGGCGCUACGUCGUACAGGGGGAUUAUCUGGGUGGGACCAGCGUCGUCGGGGAUUGCGUUUGGGUUUGGGAUGGUGUUGUGUUAUUACUCGGUUAACAAUUAUAUCAUUGAUUCGUACCAGAAGUUUGCAGCGUCGGCGUUGGCGGCAAAAGUUUUUCUGAGAUCGGGAGGUGGCGCAGCGUUUCCGCUGUUUACGACGCAGAUGUAUGAUCGCUUAGGGUUGCAGUGGGCGAGUUGGUUGUUGGCGUUUAUUGGGUUGGCGAUGGUGUUGAUUCCUUAUUCGUUCUACUAUUUUGGGGCGAAGUUGAGGGCGAAGAUGGGGAAGAAGUAG